AUGGUCACGGUUGGAAGCAACGAUCGAAAUUGCCGCGAAACUCCACUUUCCGGCUUGCCACGCUUCCAGUCACCGAACAAGGUUUCGCCGUUCCCCACAGUUUCGGUUGUAUGCGCGCUACUUCUCCGCAUGAUGGCCAAGCCGCAGGGCGCUAUCCGGCAAAAGCGCAAGUCCCGCGGACGAGGGCUUCGUGCGACCACUGGUUGUCUCAUCUGCAAGAGAAGACAUGUGAAGUGCGAUGAGGUACAACCACAAUGUGGGCCCUGUGCCAAAGGCCAGCGUCCCUGUAUGUACGCGCCUAGAGACUCGCCUUACAGUCGCAUGUCACCAGCAGAGGCGCAGGCGCCCGAAACACCAGGAAUGGAGCUUGCAAAUCAAAUGAAUAGUCGAAGCUCAGUCCAUGAGCCUCUCCAGAUAUUGGUCGAUGCAUGCCAUCAAGAGCAACCCAUGCAGCAAGAUAGUCCACACGAAUCACGGCACCCAAGCAGCACAAUCACUCCUGAAAAUUCUGGGUCAACAGCUGCCGUUGUCCCGACAGCAAGAUCACCAUAUGCAUAUGUCCCAUCACCGGGAACAGAAAGUUCUUAUUCCUCGAGAGUCGCGCCCUUGAGCUGGUUCGAACUCCUGGCCACGGACGCUGCAAAUGCCGAUGACAGGUUUCGUCUGUCUCCCACAGGUCAGUUACCUCGCAGGAAGUCUCACGUGCAGAUCGACAAUGGAGAAGACCCACGAAACAGUGCCAACUUGCAGCCCCGAACAUUCCGGGAGAGUCAAAGCUUCAAUGCCGCGGCAUUUCCACGGGAUCCCGAAAUUGCGCGACGACUGGUUUCCCAACCCCCAGAGGUGGAACCGGCUGUCUAUAAUUCGCCAUCAUGGAGCCCGGGAUCUUUGAUUGAAUUAUCGCCAUUGGAGCAUCAUUUGUUUCGACACUUUGUGCGCGUCUCAAGUGACUGGUUGGACUUUUAUGACCCAGAGAAGCAUUUCGCUUCCACAGUCUCUCAUCUGGCUCUUCGGAACGUUGGGCUAAUGAAAGCCCUGCUGGCCCUCUCCGCCCGUCAUCACUCUCUACAAGAACUUGAGUCACAAUAUCCAGGUCGUUCCCUUGGGGAAGAUGCAAGUGUUUCAUCACACCAGGAGACUAUUAUCGACCGUAACCUGGCUGUUCAGUAUUACUAUGAAUCCCUCCAUUACUUGAACAAAGCUAUGCAAAACUCGUCUUAUGCUCGCAGCCAUGAACUGCUCGCCAUCUCACUCCUCAUUAGCACUUAUGAAAUGAUCGAUGGAUCAAACCAGGAUUGGGAACGACAUUUGAAAGGUGUGUUCUGGAUCCAGCGAUUCCAGGACAACGACGGCGAAUCUGGAGGACUGCGAUCUGCCGUCUGGUGGGCCUGGCUUCGACAAGACGUGUGGGUUGCCAUGCGCGAGCGGCGUCGGAUCUUCAGCUUCUGGACACCUAAGAAGCCUCUGUCAGUUCUCACUGGCUCUGAACUAGCAACUCGAGCAACAUAUCUUCUCGGUCAAUGUGUCAACUACGCGUCAAAAGAGGAAGAAAAGGCUUUUGAUCUAGAGCGCCGCUUGGACCGUGGGAGCGAACUGCUUUUCAUGCUGCAGGAAUGGCAUGAUCAUCUACCCCCCGAAUAUGACCCACUCCCAGUCAUCUCUAGCACUGAAACAUUCCCUCCAAUCUGGGUCCAUCCGGCGCCCUUUGCAGGAGCAUUGCAAAUUCAUAGUCUUGCUCGUAUUUUGGUUGUCCUCCAUAGACCAUCCUCGGGCGGGCUUGACGACUUCCGGGCCGCGCAGAAGCUUUUGACAAUGUCUGUCAAUACAAUUUGCGGAAUAGCGCGAUCGGUGGAUAAGCAGGACCAUGCAGCAAACAUCGUUUGUUUGCACACACUCUUUGGAGCUGGAAUGUGUGUCUACACGCCACAUGAAAGAUUGGCCCUCUUGGACCUUCUGGACUCGUGCCAGCGAACAGUUCGCUGGCCUUUGGCGUCUCUACGAAAGGAGCUUGAGCAUGAAUAUGGAAAGGACUCGGUCAAUGAUCUCAUGAGAUGA